UCGUUGAACUGUCGACAAUAAUUUAUUCGAUUUCGAGAGAAGUUUCUUGCUCCUUAUAAAGACAGAGAGAAAAGAGGAAAUGCCGGACCUAAAGAAACAAUAUAAGAAGCCACCGUCCACCUUUGGUAACGUGAAAAAAAUUAAAAGCGAUCUUGCUCACAAGCAGCAAGAAAGACGUAAGAAACGAAGAACAAAUGAUUUUGAAAGAAAUCGGGAGAAAAAACAAUCGUCGAAUUUUUCUUCAACAAAUUCACAAAAACAUGAAAUUAAAAGAAACUUAGUAGAAUGGAGAGCGGAACGAGAGAAAAGAAAGGAGAAAGAAUUAAAGAAAAAGCCUCCUUUUAUAGUCGGGAUUGUUCGACAUAAGUAUUUCUCUCCAGUAACGAUUAAAUCCAGUAAGAACCCAGUCAUUACAAAGACGGAAGGACAGAAAAAGAAGGAGGCAAAAAAGCCUCCUGCAAUAAAUGACAAUUUAACAAAAGAUAUUCCAGUGCCUCAAACAAACGAAUUUCCGACAAAAGAAGCUAUGAAAAACAAUAUUGAGAUGCCAACGGAAAAAAAUCAAGAACACAGCGUCGAGUAUUUUAAAGAUCUAUUAUACAAUGAAAGAGAGAGGCUUAAAAAAAAUUGCGAGCAUUGGAGCAAAAUGUCAAGAGACGUUAAAGAAGAUAUGCAAUGUAAUAUUAACCAAGCGGUGGGACAAACGACUUUAUUAAUAAGCAAGAAAUUUUCCCAAUUUUAUGGCUUAAUAUUGAUCUGCGAAAAAGGUGAUGCUGACAUACCAGUAACUUGUGCGGAUUUGCAUGGAUUUUGGGACAUGAUGUACCUGGAAGUAAAGGACUGCGACUCGCGGUUUGCAAAAUUGGAAGAACUUCAAGCUAAUCAUUGGCGAGAAGAGUCAUCAUUUCCUGAAUUUGUAACUCCUUAUACAAGUGAUAAGAAGUCUUUAGAGAAGGCCAAAAGGAGUAUUAAUAAUAGUACGCAGCAUUGUAAAUGUCGUAAAGAUUUGUCCAAAAUAUAUACGUCAACUCCAUAUCCUGAAGAGAGUAAAACGGAAUUGAAUAGUUAUAAUAUGAAUACUUCGCUCCUGACAAUGAAAAUCAGCCAGUUAUACAACAAAUCCACAAUACUCAUCGAUAAGGAUGACACGAUAUCGUGUAAAUCUGAGCAGACGCCUAGAAAACAUUCUUCAUUGGGAAAGUUUGAAAAGUUGGAGGGAAUCUUCAGAUUAAAAUCGAUAAGUGAUGCUGACAAUAAUUCGCAAGAUUUAUUAAAGAAGAUAGAUGGUUCUGAAUUGGAAGAAAUGAAGAUACACAAGCUAAGUUGUGUCGAAAAGAGAUUAGAAAUGGAUUACUCUCUCGAUAGUUCUGCUUCUACUGUGAUCGAAAGAACUAUAGCGGAUAAAAAUAAUACACUUAAGGAGACUUCAAACGGUACCUUUUAUUUAAUCGAACUCCUAUUUCUAAAUUUAAAGACAAAAGAUCUCUUAAAAAACCCAAGUAAUUGUUUGAAGAUAAAAUCGUUUUGAUAAAGAAGUUUCAGAUAUUGGAAUUUACAAAUAAAAAUGUGCCAAGGUUUUGUUUUAUUAACGAAUUAUAUACAUAUAAAUCCUAUCUACAGAUUUGCAUCUCGACACAUCGCUAAAACACAACGAAAUAUCAACUGUAAAAUAAUAUAAAUACUUAC